AUGAUCAAUUACAUUAGAGAUCAUUUGGCAAAAUCUGUGGCAGACAAAAGUACAGCUUUAAUAAAUUUCAAUAAAGAAUGGGUUGGAGUUAUUAAAAAAAUUCCAGAAUUGACUGAAAGCAUCACUGCUGAUUUUACUGAUAAAAAACAAAUUUUAAGUUCUAAUAUACAAAAAUCUAUUGCUAGUUCUGAAAUGCCGAAAACGAUAAAUGAUCUUAAAUUAAAGUUAGUACAAAAAAAAAAUGCUCAGACGGAGGAAAAAGUAAGUUGGAAAAACAGGAAAACUACAGUCUCUGAUUUAAGUAUUAAUGCCAGAACUAAUUGUAUUUUAAGUUCAAUAGAAAAGGCUGAAUCUGAUGAUUAUAGAACUGAAAGGUUAGAAAUUUUAAUUGAACACUUUUAUCAGUAUCCCGAGGGGAUUGGUAAAGCGGUAAAAAUGGGAGCAAUAUCGAAACUUUUAAGGAUCAAAAAUAAUACAAAAAAUUUAGAAAUAAAAAAAGUUAUAAAUGAAGCUUUAGCAAUUUUGGGAUAUAUAAAUCCCCUUCCAAGUCAGGGUAUUAGGAUAUUGGCCAUAGAUGGAGGUGGCAUAAGAGGUUUAUUAGUUAUGGAAAUGUUGGCAAAAUUUGAAGAAUUAACUGGGAAAAAAAUCAAUGAACUUUUCGAUUACAUUUGUGGUGUUAGCACGGGAUCAGUAAUUGCAUGUACAGUUGGUGCUAGUGGAAAAUCAAUAGAUGAAAUUUCAGCUUUAUAUAGAGAAUUAGGGAAUAAAAUUUUUAGUCAAAAUGUUUUUUUCGGUGCCAGAAGUUUAAUUUGGAAUCAUGGUUAUUAUGAUACUGCUUUGUGGGAAAAAAUAUUAAAAGAACAUGUCGGUGAAACACCAUUAAUUAAAACAUCAAGAAAUCAUCCUUAUCCUAAGAUUGGUGUGAUAUCUACUGUUACAAAUCAUGACCAAAUAGUACCAUAUAUAUUUAGAAAUUAUGAAUUACCUUAUAGAGUUAAAUCGAAAUAUCUUGGAAGUUAUAAACAUCAAUUAUGGGAAGCCACUAGAGCAUCUGCAGCAGCUCCAACUUAUUUUGAAGAAUUUAGUUUAGGAGAUUUUUUACAUCAGGAUGGAGGUGUUUUGGUCAAUAAUCCUACAGCAUUAGCUGUUCAUGAAGCGAAACAAUUAUGGCCUAAUAAUGAAAUACAAUGUGUUGUUUCAUUUGGUACAGGCAGAUUAGAUCCUCUCAGUAUUGAAUCUGUUAAAACGAAAAAAUCUGCCGCCAAACAAACAUCGUGGAAAGAAAAAUUUUAUAAUAUUUUAGUUAGUGCCACCGAUACAGAGGCUGUACACAUGAUCCUUAAUGAUUUAUUACCACCGUCAGUGUAUUUUCGUUUUAAUCCAUUUGUAACGCAAUUACUUUCAAUGGAUGAAUGUCAACCUGAAAAGUUAGAUUUACUAAAACAGGAUGCUUUGAUGUACAUUAGAAGAAACGAAGAAAAAUUUAGAGAAGCUGCCAAUGCUCUUGUUAAAGAAAAGACGAUUUAUCAAAAAGCUAACGAUUGGAUAAAUGAAAAGUGUGUUGAGUACAGUAAUAGAUAUAAUUAA